AUGUCUCAGCUCCUGAACAGCAUCUUCACUGUGAUUAAGGUGUUCCACGAAUAAGCCAAUAUGAAUGAUGACUGCACAUCCCUGUGCAAGAAAGAACUGAAGCAGCUUCUGCUGGAGGAAUUUAAAGAGAUCCUUCGGAGGCCACAUGACCCUGAGACAGUUGACACCAUCUUACAGCUCUUAGAUCGGGACCGUGAUGAACAUGUCGACUUUAAUGAAUUUCUUCUGCUGGUGUUUAAGUUGGCUCAAUCCUGUUAUCAAAUUCAGAGUAAAACGUUAUGUAGAGACAAAGCCGGGGUCCACCAAGAGCAAGGGAGAGAGAGAACACAGGACCGUCACCUUCCAGAGGAGAGUACAGGCAAUCAACAAAAGCAGAAGCAUAGGGGACAAAGGCAGGAGUCCCACCAUGAUCAGUCUGAGAGACAAGAUGAUGACUAUCAUUAUGGUCAGUAUGAGGGACAAGAUGAGGAUUCCCACUAUACCCAGUCUGAGAGACAAGACAAGAAUUCUCAUCAUGACCAAUCUGGGAGACACGACCGGCAUUCUCACUGGGAUCAGUUUGAGAAACAAGACCAGAAUUCUCACUGGGGUCAGUCUGGGAAACAAGAGAAGACCCCUCACUAUGGUCAAUCUGAAAGGUUAGGACAGGACUCACACCCCACUAAUUCAAAAAGACACGGACAGGAUAGUCGCUCUGGUCAGUCUGGAAGGAUGAGACAGGAAUCAAGCUGUGGUCAGUCUGAGAAACAAAGGUAUGUCUCUUACUUAGGUCAAAAUAAGAGACAAAGUCAGGGCUUUAACUGUAGUGAACCUGAGAAACAAGACAAUGGUUCUCAUUAUGGUCAGUCUCAAAGGCUGGGACAAGACUCAAGCUUUGGUCAGUCAAGUAGACAAAGACCAAGCACUGGUAAUGACCAUUCAGGCAGACAAGGACAAGAAUAUUGCUGUGGUCAGUCAGGGAGACAAGGACUGGAUUCUACCUAUGGUCAGUCUGAGAGAUCAGAACAGGAAUCAAGCUGUGGUCAGACAGGCAGACAAAGACUAGACUCUCACUAUGGCCAUUUAGGGAGGCAAGGACUGGAUUCUCACUAUGGCCAGUCAAGAAGACAAGGACUGGACACUCAAUAUGGCCAAUCAGGGAGAGAAGGAUUAGAUUAUCACUAUGACCAAUCAGGAAGGCAAGGACUAGACUCUCACUAUGGCCAGACAGGGAGGGAAGGAUUAGAUUCUCACUAUAGCCAGUCAGGAAGACAAGGGUUGGAUCGUCACUAUGGCCAGUCAGGAAGACAAGGAUUGGAUCGUCAUUAUGGUCAGUCAGGGAGACAAGGACUAGAUACUCAAUAUAACCAAUCAGGAAGGAGAGGACUGGAUACUCAUUGCGGUCAGUCAGGAAGGCAAGGACUGGACUCCCACUAUAGCCAGUCAGAGGAGUUUGGACAAGAAUCAGGUUGUGGUCAGACAGAUAGACAAGGUCUAGAUACUCACUAUGGCCAGUCAGGAAGGCAAGGACUGGACACUCAAUAUGGCCAGUCAGGAAGACGGGGACUGGAUUCUCACUAUGGCCAGUAUGGACAAGAAUCAAGCUAUGGUCAAACAGAUAGACAAGGUUUGGAUUCUAGUAAUGGAUAUUCUGAGAUACAGGGGCAAAAUCAUCACUUCCAAGAUAGCAGAAGAACAGGACGGGAAGGGCAAGGGCUGAACAGAAACCAGGGGUAUAUAUCUGGGGAAGACAGGCAGAGCCACUUUCAACAAGGGCUGUGGCAACCAGAAAGGGAGUCUGAACACCGUCAACAUAAGUUGUAUUCUCAGUCCCAGCAGGAAAGGUCUCUCUGCCACAAAGGGAGAGACUGGCAGCAGAGUGGUAGUCAACAGACUGGAGGACAGGCACAAGACAGACAAAGGCAUGAAGAAAAGCAGAGGCAUCAAAGAUACCACCAGCAAACACAUGAAGAAGAAAAGGGUCAUCAGACCAGGGAUAGACAGGGUCAGAAGGAGCAGGGAACCUCUCAGAGACAGGACAGACAGUCCUAUGGAGAAGACCAAAGUCAUCAGAGAUACCACCAGCAAACACAUGAAGAGGAAGAGGGUCAUCAGACCAGGGAUAGACAGGGCCAGAAGGAGCAGGGAACCUCUUCUCAGAGGCAGGACAGACAGUCCUAUGAAGACCAGAGUCAUCAGAGAUACCACCAGCAAACACAUGAAGAGGAAGAGGGUCAUCAGACCAGGGAUAGACAGGGCCAGAAGGAGCAGGGAACCUCUUCUCAGAGGCAGAACAGACAGUCUUAUGGAGAAGACCAGAGUCAUCAGAGAUACCACCAGCAAACACAUGAAGAGGAAGAGGGUCAUCAGACCAGGGAUAGACAGGGCCAGAAGGAGCAGGGAACCUCUUCUCAGAGGCAGGACAGACAGUCCUAUGGAGAAAAGCAGAGUCAUCAAAGAUACCACCAGCAAACACAUGAAGAGGAAGAGGGUCGUCAGACCAGGGAUAGACAGGGCCAGAAGGAGCAGGGAACCUCUUCUCAGAGGCAGAACAGACAGUCUUAUGGAGAAGACCAGAGUCAUCAGAGAUACCACCAGCAAACACAUGAAGAGGAAGAGGGUCGUCAGACCAGGGAUAGACAGGGCCAGAAGGAGCAGGGAACCUCCUCUCAGAGGCGGGACAGACAGUCCCAUGGUACUGAGCAAAGUCAUCAGAUGCAGGAUAGUCAAACACAGAGUAGGCAAACUCAAGACAAUGAGAGAUAUCGUCAGACCCAGGACAGACAAGAUGGGCAAGCCUGCGGUAAUGAGCAAAGUAGUCAUCUGAGGGGCAGGCAAACCCAUGAAGAAGAAGAGAGUUCAUAUCACACCCAGAACAGACAAACCCAUGAAGGGCACAGACAGCAAGAGGCCCAGAAUCGGCGAUGGCAAAGAGACCAGGAGAGCCAUCCUCAGGCAGAGGGAUCCUGCACACGUGAGCAGGACCACCUACAUCAUCAGAGGCAAAGUUCUCAGAGAAGGCCUGGUGACCAAAGUUCCCAUCCAACCCAGGCCUAUGGGAAUCUUAAAGGAAGAGCAUCUAAUGGGAGCCAUCCCACUAACUCAACUAUUGCUCCUAGCCCCCUCUAUAAGUAUCUACAAGAGCAAAAAGCCCAAGGGCAUCACAACUGA